AGUUAAAUUCAAAAUCUAAAAUGUAUAAGAGUUCUUUGAGUUAAAGAGAAUAAAUAGGUGGACAUAACUAAACAGGGCUGUGAUGUUUUACAGUGUACACUGCGGGAUUAGAAGGUAAUCCCGCACUCACAAUGUGCACGCGCAAAGUGAAGUGCGUGCGAAGGAAGCGGGGCAGCGGGGCGGUAAUAAAACGACCAACUGGGUCCCCUCUCCGUGUCUCCUCUGCGAGAACUGGCGAUGAUGAUUUAAACGAGGUAAGGUCCUUUUUUCAACGGGUUGUUUGUACGCGGAUCCGAACAUGGAUUCUGUGGUCACUGUCAACUGAGUGCGUCUCGUGUCGGGCAGGAUUAAACCGGGCCGUCCCGUUACAGACUGCACCCUGCAACUAUAGUGACACUCAGAUUCAAGACGAAUAAUCAGAAACUUUCUAGACUGAAGCUCUGCUUUAUUGUGCUUGGUUUUUACAUUAAAGUAGUUACGAAACCAUCAGCAUGUGCAUGAUGGUCCAGUAAAGGCUGCUUUGUUGCCCCGUGUGGAUAAUUGCGCCGUGCGGUGACCCACUUGGCAGAUACAGCCCCGGGUUGUUCAUAUUCAAGUCACAAUGCAGCUCCACAGAGAAACUAAUGAAACAAUGUUUCUGAUGCACCUGCGUGAACAUUUCCUCGGCGGGACAUCACAGAGGAAUGUAGUUUCACCACUGUCAGUGUUUGCGUAACAAUCCCUGCACAAGAAGUGGAAGACGCCUACGUGACAGCAAAAAAUACUCAAUUACAAGGAAAAUCCAGAGUUCAAAGUCUUCCUUGAGUAGGUACACAAGUUACAGCAACGCGCAGCAGAAUGACCCUGUCAGUGUUUUAUUAUCAUGGUUUGAUCAAUUAUUGUGAUUUAUCGUCACAAAUGAAUUAAUAUAUAAACAGCAUUAUCAAUGUUGUCUUGGGUGAAGGUAAUUGCAUACCCUGCUGCUGCAUAGUUUAAUGCACAACAAUACUUCCUAUACUUUACCCAUAUGUUUAUGUUUUCAGUAUCUAAUGCAAACUGCAACUGAGGAAAUGUAGAAAUAUGUAUCUCGCAAACACAGCAGAGAUGUAUGAAGUAGCAUAAUAUAUAAAUACUCAAAUGAAGUGCAAGUACUUUAAAUGUGUACUGUACAUGAGUACACAUUCCUCCAAUGUGUGCCACACACACAGCAUCUAGCUUUGAUGCAUGCAUAUAAUAUUAUGUAUAUUUUAAAAAGUUGCCAUUUAUUUUUUCAAUAAUAUCAGUUCUAUACUUUCUGAGUUCAAUGAAUGAAAUAGUGCUGGCCCACUAUAGUUUUGCUUCAGGGUCACACACAGAAAAACAGUAUGAGUCGUCGAGGGUUUCACAGGAUUAUAGUCAUCCUGUCCCAUAUUUUAUUAUAAUCAUAUGAAUCCUGGCAUCAAAUAACAGAGGUUAAUCUCUUGUUUUUCCAUUUGUGAUGCGCAUACCCCAAAACAGCAUACAGUGAUUGUUUGAGUGUUAUUGCUUGAAUUGAAACUGAUAGAAACAAAGAAGCAACGUGGGGGUUUCUGGCACAACAAGAUGAAGUCAAAACUCCAGCGACACGUGUAGUAGAACAACUUUAUUGUUAAACUACACGUGUGUUUCGGCUUAUGGUCGUCAUCAUGUUGACAUGAUGAUUUGGAUGAAGUCUAACAAGCCGAAAAUGUUGAUCUUAACAAUAAGAAUGUUCUACUUCAACUGCAAUAAACAUGCUGGUGAUUAUUUUAUGUUAAACUGACCGAUACAUGUAUUCAUUGUAUUGUAUUCAAACUGUCUUGCAGCUCAGAAGGACCACCCAUUCCUUUUCACAACCGACCUGCACAUUUAACCAGAGCCCCACAUUCACCACAUCCUCAUUUAGUAUGCAACGGUGCACAUACUAAUGCUGUCUCCUCUCGUUGCUGUACACCCUCACUGGCUCAUGGGCAUCAAGUGUUCACUUGACAUGUCAGAGUCUCCAUCAGGGACAGGAUGUCUAAAUGUGAGCUGAUUGAGUUGAAGGACCUCAGUGUAAAUGAUCCCAUUGAGUUGGCUGCUCCUGCUGCCCGCACAGCCCCACCUGUCAACCCUGCUCCGCCGAGCCCCUUCCAUGUCGUCCGUCUGCUCGGAGACAGCGUCAGAAUUGAGGCACCCCGGUUUCCGAAAGGACAUGAUGGAGUGGGUCAUGACUUCCAGCCCUACAGUCACAGCCAUCUUACCUGGUGUGACCUGUGUGGAGAAUUCAUCUGGGGUGUUUACAAGCAACGUUUACGCUGUGCCAACUGCAGCUACACUUGUCACUACCGCUGCCGACCAUUCAUCCAGCUGAACUGCAGCACAGAUGAAAGUGUGUUACCAGACAAGGAAGAUUUCUCAGUUGACAGCCUCGAGACCGACACCAAUGUGGACGAACAGAUCCUCUUGGGUAAACAGGAGUUGACGGACAGUGAGAUUCAACACAAGGUUAAGGAGUAUAAUGCACAGAUCAACAGCAAUCUCUACAUGGUGGUUAAUAAAGAUGGGUCCUACACUGGUUUCAUCAAGGUCCACUUUCAGUUAGUCCGUCCCAUCUCCCUGCCUCCCUCCCAGAGCCUGUGCGCCGCACAGGAGGAAGAUCAGCAGGGCAGACAUAUGAAGCGGCGGACAUCCUUCUACCUCCCCAAAGACACUGCCAAGCACCUGCAUAUAAGUUCCCAAACACGUGUACGAGAAGUCAUCGAAGCCUUGCUCAACAAGUUCACGGUGGCGGACAACCCGGCCAAGUUUGCCUUGUUUGAGCGCGUUGAGAGACAUAGUCAAGUGUACAUGCGUAAAAUGCCUGACGAUGAGUUCCCCCUCUACCUGCGCUUGUGUGCCGGCCCCAGUGAAAAAGUCUUGAGUCUGGUGUUGAAAGAGAAUGAAACCGGGGAAGUAAAUUGGGAUGCAUUCAGUUCUCCUGAGUUGUGCAACUUUCUGCGAAUCCUGAAGCGUGAGGAAGAAGAGCACGUACGGCAGAUUGUGAAACGCUACAGUCUUGCGAGAGACACAAUCAAGCAGGCCGUGGCGCGGAUCACCACUCCUGGUUGACUUUCAGCGAAUCAAUUGAGCUUCAUAUUUAAACAUUAAGAAGAACGUUCUCCCACCUUGUUGAUUACCAAUAUAUAAGGGAAUGAAAGAGCUCAGACAAUGGCAUUGUUUUGAAGAGAUGUUGUCUAUGAAGCAGGAAUGGUGCUGUUACAUUUAAUGUGAACUACUUUGAGGCUUAGGCCCUGCUAAUGUUGUGCAAGCAGAGCAACGUUUGUGAACUAUUCUUGAAAAACCAUUCAACUUUUUGGAUUAUUUAUAGUGGUAUUCAAAACAAGGGUAGUUUUUUCUGUGGUCAUUUAUAAUGUGAUAUUUAGUUUCUGUGAAGAUGUUUUAAAAUGUUGGCACUUUAAUAAACCUGUAACAUAUAUUUAGGCAAGUAUAAAUGUGAAACUGUGUCUUUCCAAUAUAACAAUCUAAUAAACUUAUUAUUUUUCACAGAA